CACUGACAACACGACACUAAGAGCAGUUAUGGCCCUCCAAGGAGACAAUUUUGUUGCUUCUGAAGUGAAGCUUGAGAACAUGCUUUCCAUGAAAGGAGGCAAAGGAGAAGCAAGCUAUGCAAACAACUCAAAAGCUCAGGCUCUACACGCCCGAUCCAUGCUUCAUCUGCUGGAGGGGACGCUGGACAUGGUGCAACUACACUCAUCCCCAGAAGAGGCUCCGUUUGUGGUGGCAGACUUGGGGUGUUCAUGUGGCUGCAACACCAUCUACACCACAGACGUGAUCAUCAAACAUAUGAGAAAGAGGUAUGAAGCCAUGGGAUACCAACCCCCCGAGUUCUCUGUCUUCUUCUCCGACCUUCCUUCCAACGACUUCAACACUCUCUUCCAGCUUCUCCCUCCCUUACCCAUUGCUGACAAGGGUAGCAUGGAAGACUGUAUAGCCGCCUCCAGCAACGACUCCGACGGCCACCGCUCUUACUUUGCCGCCGGAGUCCCUGGCACUUUUUACCGUCGACUCUUUCCGGCUCGAUCUGUUGAUGUCUUCCAUUCAGCCUUCUCCUUGCACUGGCUCUCUCAGGUACCAGAGAUUGUGACGGAUAACAAGUCCGAAGCCUAUAACAAGGGAAGGGUCUUCAUCCACGGUGGAAAUGAGAGCACAGCCAAUGCAUACAAAAUGCAGUUUCAGACGGACUUGGCAGGGUUCCUGAGGUCUCGAUCACUCGAGAUGAAGAGAGGAGGCUCCAUGUUUCUGGUCUGCUUGGGAAGAACCUCGGUAGACCCUAUAGACCAAGGUGGAGUUGGUCUUUUCUUUGGCUCCCACUUUCAAGAAGCUUGGGAUGAUCUUGUGCAAGAGGGACUGAUAGAAGCAGAAAGACGUGACAGUUUCAACAUUCCAGUGUAUGCGCCAAGCCUACAAGACUUUAAGGAGGUGGUGGAAGGCGAUGGCUCAUUCGCCAUAAACCUCCAGGUUGUCAAUGGAGGGAGCCCGCUUGUAGUUAAUCGACCCGAUGAUGCAGCCGAGGUGGGUCGAGCCCUAGCCAACAAUUGUAGGAGCGUGUGUGGUGUUCUGGUGGAAGCACACAUAGGAGGCCAGCUCAGUGACGAGCUCUUCGCCCGGAUGGAGCGCCGAGCCACAAUGCAUGCCAAAGAGAUGGUGGAAAACCUUCAAUUCUUUCACAUAGUUGCUUCUCUUUACCUUGCAUAGAAGGGAAAAGAAAGCUUUCCAAGUGUUUUGAUGUGUGUUGUUACCAACUACUGAUUAAUUAUUCUCAGCUUGGUGAAUUUGGGUCUUUAUGUAAUUAUGUUCCUUUGAACCAUCCAAACUAUAAACAAAUAAACACAAAGUAACAAGAUAAUUUCAA